AUGGCAGCUCACAAUAUUCAAUUCCAAGAAGAGAACAUAAAUAAUCAGAGAAACACCACAACUUCUAUAAAAAAUCUUGAAAUUCAAAUGGGACAAAUAGCACAACAACUAGUCGGUUCCCAAGCACCAGGUACACAACCUAGUGGAACUAUGAUAAAUCCUAGAGAACAUAAUAAUGUAGAAGAAGACGAGUUGUUGGAAGUGGAUUUAGAAAUUAGAGAUCAUGAGAAAAACGAAGAGGAGGUUGUUGUGUUACCAGUGGUUGAGAAAGAGAAACAGAAAGAUCAUAAACCAACCAUCAGACUUCCAUAUUCCCAAAGAACAAAGAAGAAGAAGAAUGAGAAAAAUUUCGAGAAAUUCUUGGAGAUGUUCAAGAAACUUGAGAUUAACAUUCCUUUUUCUAAGGGAAUGAAGAUACCAAUAAAGAAGAAAGAUAUAGUAUCAGUUACUAUUCCUUGUACUAUAGGAAAUAGGACCUUCAAAAUGGAGCUUAUUGAUUUGGGAGCUAGUGUAAGCUUGAUGCCUUUAUCUAUUUACAAAAAAUUGGUUGACUUUGUGAUUCUUGAGAUGCCUAAAGAUGAAGAGAUUCCUCUCAUUUUAGGCAGACUAUUUUUAGAGUCUGGAUGGUGUAUGAUAGGCAUAGAGGAAGGUAUGGUGACUCUAAAAGUCUAUGAUGAAGAAUUGAAAAUUGAUGUUUGA